UGGUUUUAUUUGUCCCUGCACCUCAGAAGUGUCGCACGUGACUGACCAGAGGAGCAUCAGUCAAAAUGCCCAGCCUGGAACAUCCAGCAUAUCCAGCAGCUACGCUGCUCYGCUUGGAAAACCUGGUGCCUUGCCGUGAAUCCCAAGCGUCUAUGUUGCUCUCAAUAUUUGGAGAGCGUCAACAGUUUACUUUUCCAUCCAUUUUUAUCUAUGGACAUACAUCUAGUGGAAAGACGUACGUGAUGCAAACGCUUCUAAACACAUUACAGCUUCCUCAUGUGUUUGUGAACUGUGUAGAACACUUUACUUCAAGACUUCUUUUGGAGGAAAUUCUCAUCCAGCUGCAGAACUGCUCUUCUUCUGAGACAACACCAGCAUCUCGUGUGCUUUGUGACACUUUCAAUGACUUUGUGCGGCUCUUUAAACAAGCUGUUACUAGUCAAGAUCUCCAGGAUCAAACAUUAUACAUUGUACUGGAUAGAGCAGAGCAGCUAAGGGAAAUGGAAGCAAACAUCCUGCCAGCCUUUCUUAGGCUUCAAGAAUUGACUGACAGGAAUGUGACAGUUAUCUUGCUCACUGAAAUAGUAUGGGAACUGUUCCGCCCCAGUACUGGAUGUUUUGAGCCCUUGACCUUAUAUUUUCCAGAUUACAGCAUAGGGCACCUGCAGAAGAUCCUGUCUAACAAUCACCCUCCAGAAUAUUCUGCAGAUUUCUAUGCUGCCUACAUCAAUAUUCUGCUUGGUGUCUUCUACAUGGUCUGCAGGGACCUCAAAGAACUUCAGCAUCUGGCUGCGCUGAAUUUUUCUAAAUACUGCGAGCCCGUGGUCAGAGGAGAAGCAAACGAACGUGACACCCGCAAACUCUGGAAAAAUAUUGAACCCCAUUUGAAGAAGGCAAUGCAGACUGUUUAUCUCCGGGAAAUAUCCAGCUCGCAGUGGGAACGUUUACAGCAUGAUGAUAGAGAUCCUGGGCAAGUGAAAGGACUUUCUGCACAUGCACACGUGGAACUUCCCUACUACUCCAAAUUCCUUCUGAUAGCUGCUUACCUUGCCUCCUACAAUCCUGUUAGGACAGACAAGAGAUUCUUUCUUAAGCACCAUGGGAAAAUUAAGAAGACCARCUUUAUGAAGAAGCAUGAAAAGACCAGCAAUCAUCUCCUUGGGCCAAAGCCGUUCCCCCUGGACAGAUUGUUAGCAAUAUUAUAUAGUAUUGUGGACAGCAGAGUUGCUCCUACUGCAAAUAUAUUUUCCCAGAUCACCUCACUUGUGACACUUCAGCUGUUAUCCUUGGUUGGCCAUAAUGACCAGCUUGAUGGACCCAGGUACAAAUGUACUGUAUCUCUGGACUUCAUCAGAGCUAUUGCAAGGACCGUGAACUUCGACAUAAUAAAGUACUUGUACGAUUUCUUGUGAAAAGAAGCUUCCCAGCCAUAUGGACACUGUGACAAUGACUAAGGCAAGCUGUGUUCAUCUCUCUACUUAGCUGGCCAGAAAGAAGAGCAUUUUGGCUCUUUCGGAUUUGUCCAGACAGGUGCUGGCCCAGCAUGGAACCUGGUGGAAAUACUCUGAUUGGUCUAGGUGGAUCGGAGCAGAGGACUAUUUACCAGGGACCCUGGCGUAUUUGGAAGCAAUGUGUUAAUUAUAAACAGCGGGGUUUGARCACAAUCUGUUCUACUCUUAAUGAUGUUAUCUUAACACUGAAAUUGCCUGAAACCCAUUUACUUAGGCCUGCAUUUUGCUCCAUGAACUCUCCCCGGUGCUUUGAACAUGGCAGCAGCCCUUGUUUGUAUGCCCAGUCUUUUCACUUCCUCUCCACAGGAAUCUCUCUCUGCAGUUGCCUGCCAAGGCAGCUUUUCCGAGGCCACCAUUUUAGGAGAGCAGAGUGGCAAAAUACAAUAAACAUAAGAACAUGUUUAAAAUCAAGCUGAUAGCCUCCUUUCUCUUCAGGCAUAUSUAGGCAGACUGUUACACUGUUACAGACACAAUGAUAGGAAGCUCCCCAAUUUAUCAGCACACCGUCUCUUUUCAGACCAUUCAUAAAUUCUAGCUGUGAAUCUAUUUUUGCCGACGCUUUUUUAUUUAAAAAAAAAUCAUUGACUAUAACAAUUCUAACCAGAUAUCAGACUCUAAAGGUUCUCUUUUUGUUUUAAGACUUAAUAAUCCUUUAUAGCUCAUCUGGUUUUACUGACUAUGAAUCAAAGUGUUUUGAUUUGGUCACACAGAUGCUGUUAGGUUUUUGUAACAGCAUCUAGUCUGUAGGGGAGGGCAGCACAGCUACGUGUCCGUCAGGAGGGUAGAAAUUCAACAGGUGGUGGAGGGGCCCUGCAGCAGUGCCCUGGAAGAGACAGAAUAGUGAAUAAUCAAUGUGUUGCCAUACCCUAAAGCUUUGACUGCAGCACACAGGUAAGAGGAAGACAUAACAUUAAUCUGAAAUUGUAUAUGAGGCUAUAAACYUGAUCUGCGUGGAAAACAUUCUCCAGUUAUAAGUUGUGUUCUGCUACUAUUGCCUAUUAAGGACUAUUUUGGAUAAAGCGYGUGGAGACCUGUUCUUCUUGAAUCUGAAGGGUUUUGUCUCCCUCUUAAAAAAAAUUAUGGUUUCACAGUGUUUUCCUCAGAUAUUGUGCUCUUAAAUGCUGACCUCCAGCUGCCUGGUGGUGCAAGACUGUGCUACAUCAACUGUUCUGUCUUUUUUUAAAGGAARAAUGCUCCCCUUGAUCUCAGGUAAUGGAAAUGGUCAAAUAGCCCAGAGUAGACGUAGUGUUUUUCUUCAGUCAUGCUUGUGUGGCUGGGCUUCCGAGCCUGGAUUCGGACCCAAACCGGUGAGCUC